UUAAUUUUUUCUAUUAGAAAAUACCUUUGGCGUAGGAUUUUUUGGUCUAGUCAGCAAAAGGAGAACGUGUGUCGCUUCACGGUCAAUAGUUGCGUGGGGGAGAUGGCGACGAGGGUGUGGCGCGCGCCCGCGUCGUCGGAGCCGCCGGUCAAGCCGCCAAGGCGGAGCCAGAACAAGGCCACGCCUUCGCGGGGCGGCGCUCGCGCGGUGACAGUCGUCGACAACAAAACCAGUAGUCUCCGCAAGCAGAUGUCUAGUCAGCAGAAGGAGAAUGCGGGCUCGAGUUCGACUGCCACGCCACAAGGGUACAAAUUUUUGCGGUCCAAAACUACGAUCGAGGUGCGGUCAGGGGGCGUGGCUAAGCACCAAGUGGCGCGGAACGAGGACGGGAUUCCCUACGUCACGCCUUUACAACGCUACGAACUCCAAUUACUACUAAUCGAGGACGUGCUCAAAAACGGGAUCAGCGGGAGGGACAGACCCUGCACCACUGCCAAAAAACUGUGCGAGAAUUUAGUCAGUUUUACGUUUAGUAUCACGUCCGCUAAAAGACACACGUUAGAGGAUCCGGAGCUGUAUUUCGACAACCGAAAUGGGGCUCUAGUCGAGGUGUCUCAACAAGAGAAGAAAAUUCGGAGGAAACGGGGUCUGGAGAGGGUGCAGAAUCUCCCGGGGAAGUUGGACCACGUCACGGUGGUGGCGUGGAACGUGGGCAAUUUUGAUAGUCAAUAAGUACUAAUCGUGCAAUUUUGUAACCGAUCCGUUGUUUUUUAGUUAAAUAAGUAAGCCACUUAUUUAUUUUUUUCAGAAAAGAGAGACUAAUAAAUUGAUAAUUCUGU